AUGGCACUGCACUUCCUCAGGAUCAUGGACCAGAAAGAGUGUGCUGAAAAACUGCAAGAAAAUGAAAAGGAUGUAGUUUAUCGCACUGAGUUGAAGAAGAGCCUUCAGAACAGGUACCAGAGUGUGUUUGAAGGAAUACAAAUGCAAGGAGGUUCUGCUCUGCUUGAAAAGAUCUACACAGAAGUCUACAUCACAGAGGGAGAAAGUAGGAAAGUGAAUGAGGAGCAUGAAGUCAGACAGAUUGAGAUGAAAUCCAAACUAUCAGCUAGACAAGAGACACCGAUCAAAUGCAGUGACAUCUUCAAACUCUUACCAGGACAAGAUAAACCGAUCAGAAGAGUCAUCACAAAGGGAGUGGCGGGCAUUGGUAAAACUGUGUCAGUUCAGAAGUACAUACUGGACUGGGCUGAGGGCAAAGAAAACCAGGACAUCCACUUCAUAUUCCCACUACCAUUUCGGGAGCUCAACCUCAUCAGAGAGAAACCGUACUCUAUGAUGGCACUUCUCCACCACCUUUUCUCAGAAAUGAAGCCGUUAACCUUCCAGAGCCAAGAGAAGCGCAAAGUGUUGUUCAUCUUGGAUGGUCUGGAUGAAUGUCGACCUCAGCUUAACUUCCAGAAAAGUCAUAGUUUGACUGAUGUGACUGAAGUUUCUUCAGUGAACAUGCUCCUGACAAACCUCAUCACAGGUCAUCUGUUCCCCACUGCUUUAGUGUGGAUCACCUCUCGACCAGCAGGAGCCAAUCAAAUCCCACCUGAAUGUGUUGAUCGUGUUACAGAAGUACAAGGUUUCAGUGACCCACAGAAGGAGGAGUACUUCAGGAAGAGGAUCAGUGAUCAGAAUGUUGCUGAAGGGGUAAUCUCCCACCUCAGAUUAUCAAGGAGCCUCUACAUCAUGUGCCACAUCCCAGUGUUUUGCUGGAUUGCUGCUACUGUUCUUCAGCAGGUCCUUGCAGGAGGUGAGAAGGUUCCAAAGAAGUUGACAGAGAUGUACACAUACUUCCUUCUGUUUCAAAACAGACAGCGGGGUCUGAAAUUUGACGGAGUCUAUGAUGUGGAUCCUCAGUGGAACCAGGGAAGUCUCCUUGGUCUCGGAAGAUUAGCCUAUGAACAACUGGAAAAAGGGAACCUGAUCUUUUAUGAGAAGGAUCUGACAGAGUGUGGUGUUGAUGUGGAGGAGGGAGCAGUUCGCUCUGGUAUCUGCACCCAGAUGUUUCGAGAAGAAUCAGGGGUGAUCCUGGGGAAAGUGUACAGCUUUGUGCAUUUAAGCAUCCAAGAGUAUCUUGCAGCAUUAUAUGUGUUCUUGAUGAUGAAAAAUAAAAGAAAAAAUAUUGUGUCAAUAGAGAAACCACAAGCAAGUAAUUUGUGGUUAGAAAGAAUGUUUAAUCCAAACAUGCAGAAAGCAAUAACUGCUAUGCAAAAGAGUGCUGUGGACAAAGCUUUGAAGUAUAAAGAUGGACGCUUUGACCUUUUUCUUCGUUUCCUUCUCGGCCUCUCACUGGACUCCAACCAGAAUCAACUAUAUGGCUUACUGAAGAAGCAACACAUUCAGACUGACAAUGAAGAAACAAUCAGGUACAUCAAGCAAAGAGUUAGCGAAGCUCCUUCAUCAGAGAGGGUGAUUAACCUCUUCCACUGUCUGAAUGAACUAAAUGACCACUCAUUACUGAAAGAGAUCCAGAGCUUCCUGAGGGCAGGGACUCUCUCAAAAGUCCAACUCUCACCUGGUCAGUGGUCAGCACUAGUGUUUGUGCUGCUGACAUCGGAAAACAAGCUGGAUAUUUUUGACUUGAAGAAGUACACCAGAUCUGAUGAAGGCCUGCUAAGACUGCUGCCUCUACUGGAGGAAUCCCAAACCGCACGCUUGUUUGACUGCCGCUUUAGAGAGGAAGGCUUCAGAGCUCUCGCAUCAGCGCUGAGAUCAAACCCCUCACACAUGAGAGAACUGCAGCUGAGUAGGAGUAAAGCAGGAGAUUCAGGAGUGAAGCAUCUUUCUUCUCUUCUGGAGGAUCCCAACUGUAAACUGGAGAAACUAGACUUGUCGAGCUGCAGUUUUGGAGUGGAAGGCUUCAGAGCUCUUGCAUCAGCACUGAGAUCAAACCCCUCACACAUGAGAGAGCUGCAGCUGAGUCUGAAUAAAGCAGGAGAUUCAGGAGUGAAGCAUCUUUCUCCUCUUCUGGAUGAUCCCAACUGUAAACUGGAGAAACUACACCUCCAUAACUGCAGGUUUGGAAAGGAAGGUUUCAGAGCUCUUGCAUCAGCACUGAGAUCAAACCCCUCACACAUGAGAGAGCUGCAGCUGAGUUGGAAUGAAGCAGGAGAUUCAGGAGUGAAGCAUCUUUCUUCUCUUCUGGAGGAUCCCAACUGUAAACUGGAGAAACUACACCUGUCGGGCUGCAGUUUUGGAGAGGAAGGCUUCAGGGCUCUUGCAUCAGCACUGAGAUCAAACCCCUCACACAUGAGAGAGCUGCAGCUGAGUAGGACUAUAGCAGGAGAUUCAGGAGCGAAGCAUCUUUCUUCUCUUCUGGAGGAUCCCAACUGCAAACUGGAGAAACUACAGCCCGUCUCGGACCGUCAGCCCCCGACUGCUGUCAUCUGA